AUGCGGCUGUUACAACGCGACGAUGUAGGCAACUAUAGCCUUACUUCCAACCUCGCUUCCAACGAUGUUCCCCCGUACGCGAUCCUUUCUCACACCUGGGGCCCGGACGAGGUAGUCUUCGCCGAUCUUGCGAAGACGCCAGGUGAUUGGCAACAUAAAUCCGGCUUCGACAAAAUCAAGUUCUGCGGUGACCAGGCACGAAAACAUGGGCUGCGACAUUUCUGGGUGGAUACUUGCUGUAUCGACAAAUCCGACAGCGUCGAGCUUCAGACCGCGAUUAACAGCAUGUUCCGAUGGUACCGCGACGCGAAAGGAUGUUACGUCUACUUAACCGAUGUCUCUAGCCCUCGAGCCUCUAGUCAACUACAAACCGAAACGCCAUGGGAGGAUGCUUUUCGAAUAAGUCGGUGGUUCACUCGUGGGUGGACGCUACAAGAGCUAAUCGCCCCUAAGACAGUAGACUUCUACUCGAGAGAGGGGUCUUGGCUGGGAGACAAGCGAAAACUGGAGCCGUUGAUUCGCGGCAUUACAGGCAUUCCUGCUGGUGCGCUCCGUGGUAUACCUUUAUCCGACUUUACGGUUGUAGAACGAGAAGCAUGGGUGCGAGGCCGCCAAACGACGCACGAGGAGGACAUGGCUUAUUCCUUGCUUGGGAUAUUUGACGUUUAUAUGCCGCUUAUUUAUGGCGAGGGGCGAGAGAAGGCACAAAACCGGCUCCGAGAGGAGGCCCAGAAAGCUGUCACUGGAACCCGUGCGAAUGAUUUCUCUGUUUCCUUCAGCCUGUCCGAAGUUUUCGAAGUGCCACAUUUCGUCGCACGAGAGAGGGAAAUUGCCGAGAUGCGCAGAACCCUUAGCUCUGAUGGCAGCCGUCGCGUCGUUGUCCUCCACGGUCUCGGCGGCAUUGGCAAGACACAGCUUGCCGUAGCAUACACGAAGCGAUACCGAGAUGAAUACUUAGCGAUAUUAUGGCUUAACAUUAAAGAUGAGGCGUCUAUCCAACAGAGCUUUACUAAAGCUGCGAUACAGAUUCUACGACAACAUCCUAAUGCUAGCGGCCUAAAUGCAUUAGACCUACGACAAAAUCACGAGGAGGUAAUCGAAGCUGUUAAGGAAUGGCUUAGCCUGCCGGGUAACACUAGGUGGCUUCUCGUAUACGACAACUAUGAUAAUCCUAGAUUAGCUAACCGCAUCGAUGACACGGGAAUCGACAUUAAUCGUUUUCUUCCCAUGUCCUACCAAGGCUCGAUUCUUAUUACGACACGUCUUGGUAUCUUGUCAACGACCUCAGGUCGAGAUGGCUUGGACAAUGACAUGGAUGCUAGAGAUCUUGUGGAGGAGCUUGACGGGCUUCCGCUUGCCCUUGCCACGGCUGGCGCAUACUUAAGGCACGUCCCGGUAAGCCUUGGUGACUAUCUUCGCCUUUACAAAAUUUCAUGGGCGAGACUUCAUGCAAGCACUCCAAGCCUGGGGUCAUACCAAGACCGCACGCUCUCUUCUACGUGGCAACUCUCAUACGAGCAAAUCAAGUCACAAAAUUCCCUUGCCGCUAAUCUGCUCCAAUGGUGGGCGUAUUUUGACAACGAAGACGUAUGGUUCGAAAUCUUCCAGUAUUGUGGCGAUGAUGGCCCGGCGUGGAUUUAUAAGCUACAUGAUGAGCUGAAUUUUAAUGGCGUAAUGGGCAUAUUGCAUAAUUACGGGUUCGUCGAGCCAUACAACUUUACUUCAGAGCUGAUCGAAUCGAAGGGAUAUAGCAUUCACGCAUGCUUACACUCUUGGAUAGUUCACAUACUAAAUCAGGGUUGGAAUGGCUGCCUAAACAAGCUCGCGGUCGAGUGUAUAGCAUCAAAGGUGCCAUCACAGGAUGACGAUCAGUUCUGGUUACUUCAAAGACGACUUUUAGCACAUGUAAUAACGUCUUGCGCCACAUUUCAAGAUGGAGAUAAUGGUUUGGAUUGGGCUUUCUAUAAUCUGGGUCUCCUCUACGCCGACCAAUGCAAGAUGCAAGAGGCGGAGGAGAUAUACUUACGGGCGCUUCGAGGGUACGAGAAUGCGUGGGGACCAGAUCACACGUCGACACUCAACACGGUUAAUAACCUAGGUGCACUUUACAAAGACCAAGGCAAGAUGCAAGAGGCGGAAGAGAUGUACUUACGGGCGCUUCGAGGGUACGAGAAUGUGUGGGGACCGGAUCACACGUCGACACUCAGCACGGUCAACAACUUAGGGAUCCUCUACGCUAACCAAGGCAAGAUGCAAGAGGCGGAGGAGAUGUACUUACGGGCGCUUCGAGGGAAGGAGAAUGCGUGGGGACCGGAUCACACGUCGACACUCAACACGGUUAAUAACCUAGGGAUCUUCUACGCUAACCAAGGCAAGAUGCAAGAGGCGGAGGAGAUGUACUUGCGGGCGCUUCGAGGGAAGGAGAAUGCGCAAGAUGCAAGAGGCGGAGGAUAUGUACUUGCGGGCGCUUCGAGGGUGCAAGAAAGCCGUCGGACCUCAACAUAUCGCGAGAUAUCGACCAGCAAUCAAUGCGACAUGGGGUUUCGGAGCCUUGUUAUGGGAUCAGGGCAAGCUGGUGGAGGCGAGGACAUACUAUCAAGGCGCCCACGACAAUCUCGAGGCAGUGCUAGGACCCCAUCAUCAUGA